CUGCCUCAGCUAUAUAUAUAUGUAUAUAUAUUCCGCUCUUACACUGCCCUGAUCUUGACCCACAAGUUUUAGGAUUUAUUUUUCUGAUUUUGUCUCCUGUCUUACUGUGGGGAAGUGAGCGAAUGGCUGUAUGGUGCUGAGUUGCCUGAAGGGCUAAACCACAACAGGUGGCAAUGCCCCUGGGCUGUUCCCUGCCCCUGGAGGUGUCUGCAGGGCAGAGCUGAGCACACAGCACAGGGCAUGGGGUCUGUGAGCCAUGGCAGGGCACAUACAUGGGGACAGAGAAGCAGCUCCCAGCAGAGAGAGCUCGAGGCAGCAGAGAAGGGCAGGCACUAAGACAAAAUAUUUAACCAAAAUCCUGUGUCAGGGCAACAAGGGCACCUCUUGAUAUGUCGUGCAGUGGUGUCCCAGGCUUCCUUUACACUGUGGGACUCUGGCAAUGCAGUUAGUGGGGGUGGGAAAAGAUCUGACCCUCCCUUCACCAGAUAUGCCCUCAUUAGGACAUUUGAUGAAGUCCUUGAGAUGUCCUUCCAAGCUGUGAGCUCCUUCCAGGCUGCAAUUCCUCCCAUAGCAGCUCUGCUUUAUCUGAUGGAGAAGUACAGAAAUGUUAUGGGCAGGAAAAGGCUGUUGGGAUGGUGAAAGGAACUCCUUGGCUAGCAGUGGGGUGCUGACAACUUGCUCAGGUACCUGGAGGCAGGGUGAGGCACUCAGUGAUCUGCAGUUGAUGCCUGUGCUCUCAGAGGUGUUUGGUUUCUUCUCAGGGGGACACAGGACCGUAAUACCUCUCCAUAGCAAGAAGGAGCAAGCAUGGGGCAGCUGGGAACAACACCAAUGGACACACCAGCUUGCCUCACCCUGCACAAAACCAUUGCAAAUCUUUUGCCUGUCAGGACUCACAGAUGUUGUGCCUGAGUGCCCCACAGAUGCUCAGGAGCUCUGCCUUCAAAGAAAACUCCCCAGAGGAGGUGAUGGAGGUGGGACAAGGUGGGGCUCAAAGGGCUGUCCAAAAUACAAACAAACAAAGGUCUGAAGCUUAUUUCUGCAAGCGUCUUAGAAUUUGGGGUGCAGAUGCUGACAAGCCCUUCUGUGUUCAGAGGGAUUCCACCUGGGAGAUCCUGAAUAUCAGAUCUGGCCCCUCCAUCCCCUUGUUUUCAGAUACUACAGAAUUACAAAACCAACACCUUGGGAGUCUACAGGCAGAGGCCAAGCUCUUCAUGACACUCUCAGUCAGCCAAAAGUAGAGUUCCAGUAGGGAACUGCACAGUGGUCUUGCAAAAAAGGACAAAGGAUGAGUGUGUUGGGGGAGACAGUCUAUGAGAAAUGGCUUUGUUUUUUGCAGAGAAGUCUGUCCUAACCCUUUCCUGUCUUUUCGUUUUGGGACAGUUGCCUGGGCCCACAGGAAGAAAAUGUCCAACAGCAGCUCCAUCACUGAGUUCCUCCUCCUGGCAUUUGCAGACAUGCAGGAUCUGCAGCUCUUGCACUUCGCACUCUUCCUGGUCAUCUACCUGACUGCCCUCCUGGGCAAUGGCCUCAUUAUUACAGCCGUAGCCUGUGACCACCGCCUCCAUACCCCCAUGUACUUCUUCCUCCUCAACCUCUCCCUCUUUGACUUGGGCUCCAUCUCCACCACUCUCCCGAAAGCCAUGGCCAAUACUUUGUGGGACACCAGGACUAUCUCCUACUCAGGUUGUGCAGCCCAGGUCUUUCUGCUUGUUUUUUUGAUUUCAGGAGAGUAUUUUCUUCUCACUGUCAUGGCCUAUGAUCGCUACGUUGCCAUCUGCAAACCCCUACAUUACGGUACCCUUAUAGGUGGCAGGACUUGUGUCAAAAUGGCAGCAGCUGCCUGGGGCAGUGGCUUUCUCAAUGCCAUGGUGCACACCGCCAAUACAUUUUCUCUCCCCCUCUGCCACGGCAAUGCCCUGAACCAGUUCUUCUGUGAAAUUCCCCAGAUUCUCAAGCUCUCCUGUUCAGAUGCCUAUCUCACGGAAGUUGUGCUUAUUGUGGUUUCUGCAUGUUUACUCUUUGCAUGUUUUGUUUUCCUUUUGCUGUCCUAUGUGCAGAUCUUCAGGGCUGUGCUGAGGAUCCCCUCAGAUCAGGGACGGCACAAAGCCUUUUCCACAUGCCUCCCUCACCUGGCCGUGGUCUCCCUGUUUCUCAGCACUGUCAUGUUUUCUUAUCUUAAGCCUCCCUCCAUCUCCUUCCCAUCCUUGGAUCUGGUGAUGACAGUUCUGUACUCAGUGGUGUCUCCAGCAGUGAACCCUGUCAUCUACAGUAUGAGGAACCAGGAGCUCAAAGGGGCACUGAAGAAACUGAUCCUACUGGUGGUAAUUAAGAUGAAAUAAAGUGCCUGUCUCUCUCCACAAGUGAUCUCUGAUUGAUCUCAGACAAAUGUGCUUUGGGGCAUUCUGUCAUUGAUAAUCAUGGCUGUACACAGGUGCUUGCAUUCAUUCCAUUUCUGCAGGGAAUAGACUUGUCCCUGCAGUCAGACUGACUCAGAGGCCUUCUGUAAAUGAGCCUAUCAUCACAUGGCAGGUGGCCUCCUGUUUCUUCUUUUCAUUAAGAAAGGAUUUCUUCAGUGCAGAGGCUGGUAGUCAACACAAAAUAUUUUCCCUAUUCCUCCCUCACUUGUCCAUAGACUGCCUGUUUGUCAGCACCUCAUUUUUGCCUCCCUGAAGGCCUUCUCCAUCUGCUUUCUGUCAUCACAUCAGGUGCUGGCACUUCCGAACUCAGUAAGCUGUGAGUUCCAGGAGGCACUGAGAAAUUGACUACAGGGAACCUUGUACCAUCAACAAGAACCUGCUUCCGCUUCUCUGCACAAUUCUCAGAGUUUCUCUUUUCCUGUAGAUAAUGGUACCAACAGGUUAUUCCUUAGAUUUACACCAAUUCUCUUGAGGCUUUAGCUAAACACGUCUGAACCUUUCACAAAUGCUUUGAAUGUUGUACAAGAUCUGGCCUCACCGCCAGCAUCUCUGGAACAAAAGGGGUAUCCUGAGUGCACUGCCCAUGUUUCCUGAGGCACUGG